AUGGCGCCCUCUCUCUCCCCCGCCGAAGCUUUCGAAAAAAUCCAAGAACUCCAAAGAGGGCAAGAUGUCGAAUCGAGCACACUCGCAAUCCUGCGCAUAAGCGAGCCUAUAACGUCUUCGCUAGAUGUCGACGGGAUCCCGCGAUUACCCUCAAAACGCGCCUCAGAUGCAUCCAUAGUCUCCGACGAGAAUCCGACGCCUGCAUCUUUGGAGGCUGAUUUGACGCAUUAUAAGGAACUAUUCUCCAAACUCCGCUUCUCAUAUCUGGAACAAGUCACAAAAGAGAAAUUUCUGCGUGGGAUUGUCGGUGACCCCCCACUCAUCGUUGGCCAUAAUGAGAAUGUCGAAUUGGAGGCGACGUUGGCGGAGGCAAAACAGCAAUUACAACAGCGUAAGGAUGAGGUGAGGGUUAUGGUGGAAGAAAUGGAGAAGACUGGGCGAGAUUUGGCUCGAAGAUAUCAAAAUAUCCAAAUCGAAACGACAAAAUUAUCAGAACUCCCGGAAGAAAUCGCCCAAUUAGAGCAGACAAUUGCUUCCCUGAAACAAUCCCAAGCAGCAUACGCAGCCGCCUCAGACCCUCACAAUACUUCCUCGUCCCCAAACCUGUCGUUACCGGCGACAUUGAAACUGCUCGCUGAGCGUGAAGCAGAAUUGGCUGCGAUAGAUCGACAAAUAGCUUCCUUACAAAAUACGCUACCACGAAAGACCCGUGAGGCGGAAGCGAUGGAGAGAGAAUUGGGUGUCCUGGAACGGAGAAAGUCCGACGCGAUAGGCCAGGCGCGAGAAGCCGAGAGGAAGAAACUUGAGGGUGAGAGUGAUGGACUGGAAGAAAUGGGGAGAUGGUAUCGGGGUGCAGAGGCUACGUUGAAGAAGCUCAUUGAUGUUGAGAAUUGA